AUGUUUAACAUUGUUGUUGAUCCUGAGGAACAGUUUUUCCAGUAUAUGGAGCAUUUCGAUUCCAUCCAGCAUAUGUUCUCCACAGUUUUCUCUGCUCUAAUUCAUCUGUGUUUUUCGACAGCUCCAGAUGGCGUGCUGCCUCCCAGGCUUUCAUCUGCCACUCCAACCAGUCUUCAGGUUGUCUGGUCUACACCAGCUCGUAACAACGCUCCCGGCUCUCCCAGAUACCAGCUCCAGAUGAGGCCUGGCCACUCCACCCAUGGGUUUCUAGAGUUAUUUUCCAAUCCUUCUGCAUCGUUAAGCUACGAAGUGAGAGAUCUCCAACCAUACACGGAGUAUAUGUUUCGGUUGGUUGCCUCCAAUGGAUUUGGCAGUGCACAUAGUUCUUGGAUUCCAUUCACGACCGCAGAGGACAAACCGGGACCCAUAGACCCUCCGAUUGCUCUGGACGUGAAGUCGAGAAUGAUGUUGGUCACCUGGCAGCAUCCUUCAAAGUGCAAUGGGGUUAUUACCCAUUAUAACAUUUAUCAGCAUGGCCAUCUAUACUUGAGAACUUCUGGAAAUGUCACUAACUGCACAGUGACCCACUUACACCCGUAUACUGCCUAUAAGUUUCAGGUAGAAGCCUGUACUUCAAAAGGAUGUUCCCUCUCAGCAGAGUCCCAGACCAUAUGGACACACGCAGAGGCACCAGAAGGGAUCCCAUGUCCAGAGCUGUUCUCUGACACUCCCACAUCUGUGAUUAUAUCUUGGCAACCCCCCACCCAUCCCAACGGCUUAGUGGAGAACUUCACAAUUGAGAGAAGAGUCAAAGGGAAAGAAGAAGUUACUACCCUGGCGACUCUUCCAAGAAGUCAUUCCAUGAGGUUUAUUGACAAGACUCCUGCCCUCAGCCCAUGGACAAGAUAUGAAUACCGAGUCCUGAUGAGCACUCGUGAUGGAGGUACAAACAGCAGUGCUUGGGCAGAAGUGACCACAAGACCCUCACGACCUGCUGGGGUGCAGCCGCCCGUGGUGACCGUGCUGGGACCUGAGGCAGUCCAGGUCACUUGGAAACCCCCACUCAUCCAGAACGGAGACAUGCUUAGCUAUGAGAUCCGCAUGCCUGACCCUCACAUCACAAUAACCAAUGUGACUUCCUCAGUGUUAAGUCAAAUAAUUACACAUCUUAUUCCUUUCACUAAUUAUUCUGUCACCAUUGUUGCUUGCUCAGGGGGGGAUGGACACCUAGGAGGGUGCACAGAGAGUUUACCUACCUAUGUUACCACCCACCCAACCCUACCGCAGGGUGUUGGCCCAUUGUCAGCGAUUCCACUAAGUGAAUCGUAUGUUGGGAUUUCUUGGCAGCCGCCAUCCAAGCCAAAUGGACCCAAUGUGAGAUAUGAGCUUCUGAGACGUAAAAUCCAGCAACCACUUGCAUCAAAUCCCCCAGAAGAUUUAAAUCUGUGGCACAAUAUUUAUUCAGGAACUCAGUGGUUUUAUGAAGAUAAGGGUCUUAGCAGAUUUACAACCUACGAGUAUAAACUGUUUGUACACAACAGCGUGGGGUUUACGCCAAGCCGGGAAGUGACCGUGACUACGUUAGCUGGUCUUCCAGAGAGAGCAGCCAAUCUCACAGCGAGUGUUCUUAACCACACAGCCAUGGAAGUGAGUUGGACUAAGCCAAGUUUUCAAGACCUACAAGGUGAUGUUGAAUAUUAUACACUUUUUUGGAGUUCUGCUACCUCAAAUGAAUCUCUUAAAGUCUUCCCAGAUGUAAACUCACAUGUCAUUGACAGCUUAAAUCCAAACACAGAGUAUCGGGUUUUUAUCUCUGUCUUCAAUGGAGUCCACAGCAUCAACAGUGCAGUACUGAAGGCCACCACCUGCGAUGGGGAGCCUCAGGGCAUGCUUCCUCCAGAGGUUGUCAUCAUCAACAGUACAGCUGUACGUGUCAUCUGGACAUCUCCUUCAAACCCAAAUGGCGUUGUCACUGAGUAUUCUAUCUAUGUAAAUAAUAAGCUCUACAAGACUGGAAUGAAUGUGUCUGGGUCGUUUAUUCUGAGAGACCUGUCUCCUUUCACUAUCUAUGACAUUCAGAUUGAUUGGGUGUCUCCAGGGAAGCCAAAUGGCAUCAUUCGUGGAUAUGAUCUCUUACGGAAAACAUUAUAUUCAUGCCCUAAAACUCAGAAGGACCACAGUGAUGAGCUCUGCAAGGCUGUGAGAUGUCAAAAACCUAAAAAUAUCUGUGGACACAUUUGCUAUUCUCCUGAAGCUAAGGUUUGUUGUAACGGAGUUCUCUAUGACCCCCGGCCUGGACACCACUGUUGUGAAGACAAGUAUAUUCCACUUGCUCUGAAUUCAACUGGAGUUUGCUGUGGUGGCCGAAUACAAGAGGCACAACCACAUCAUCAGUGCUGCUUUGGGUAUUAUGCCAGAAUUCUACCAGGUGAAGUAUGCUGUCCAGAUGAACAGCACAAUCGGGUUUCCAUUGGCAUAGGCAACUCCUGCUGUGGCAGAAUGCCGUACUCCACCUCAGGAAACCAGAUUUGCUGUGCUGGGAGGCUUCAUGAUGGCCACGGCCAACAGUGCUGUGGCGGACAGAUUGUGAGCAAAGAUUUAGAGUGCUGCGGUGGAGAAGAAGGUGUGGUGUACAGUCGCCUUCCAGGGAUGUUCUGUUGUGGGCAGGAUUAUGUGAAUAUGUCAGAUACCAUAUGCUGCUCAGCUUCCAGUGGAGAGUCUAAAGCACAUGUUAAAAAGAAUGACCCAGUGCCAGUAAAAUGCUGUGAGACUGAACUUAUUCCAAAGAGCCAGAGAUGCUGUAAUGGAGUUGGAUAUAAUCCUUUGAAAUAUGUUUGCUCUGACAAGAUUUCAACUGGAAUGAUGAUGAAGGAAACCAAAGAGUGCAGGACCCUCUGCCCAGCAUCUAUGGAAGCCUCAGCAUACUGUGGCAGGUGUGACUUCAACUUUACCAGCCAUGUUUGUACUGUGAUGAGAAGGUCUCACAAUUCCACAGGGAAGACAUCAAUCGAAGAAAUGUGUUCAUCCGCUGAAGAAACUGUUCACACAGGGAGUGUAAACACAUACUCCUUCACAGAUGUAAACCUCAAGCCCUACACGUUGUAUGAGUACAGGAUUUCUGCAUGGAAUAGCUAUGGGCGAGGAUUCAGCAAAGCUGUUAGAGCCAGAACAAAAGAGGAUGUGCCUCAGGGAGUGAGUCCCCCUAGGUGGACCAAAAUGGACAAUCUUGAAGAUGCAAUUGUCUUAAACUGGAAAAAACCUAUACAAUCAAAUGGCCCUAUUAUUUACUACAUUCUUCUUCGAAAUGGAAUUGAACACUUUCGGGGAACAUCACUGAGCUUCUCUGAUACAAAAGGAAUUCAGCCAUUUCAGGAAUAUUCAUAUCAGCUGAAAGCUUGUACAGUUGCUGGCUGUGCUGCCAGUAGCAAGGUAGUUGCAGCUACUACCCAAGGAGUUCCGGAGAGCAUCCUGCCACCGCGAAUCACAGCCCCGAGUGCAGAGGCUCUGCAUCUGAGCUGGAGUGUCCCUGAGAAACCAAAUGGCGUCAUUAAAGAGUACCAGAUCAGGCAGGUUGGGAAAGGUCUCAUCUACACUGACACCACUGACAGGAGGCAGCAUACGGUCACAGGUCUCCAGCCAUACACCAACUACAGCUUCACACUUACGGCUUGUACAUCUGCUGGAUGUACUUCCAGUGAGCCUUUUCUAGGUCAGACGCUGCAGGCAGCCCCUGAAGGAGUUUGGAUGACACCUCGACACAUUAUCAUCAAUUCUACAACAGUGGAGUUAUAUUGGAGUCUGCCAGAAAAGCCCAACGGCCUCAUUUCUCAAUAUCAAUUGAGUCGUAAUGGAACCUUGCUUUUCCUGGGUGGAAGUGAGGAGCAGAAUUUCACUGAUAAAAACCUGGAGCCCAACAGCAGAGUAAAGACAAACUUAGUUAAAUACUACAAAGGGAUCCUUAUCCCCCAAAUUCCCGUGGAGUACAAUGUCUUACUCAGUGAUGGAAGUGUAACAUUUCUGGUCUUCUCUGUUGGUCAUCUUCAGUCUACCCUUCUGGAAAAUUUGACUCCAUUCACACAGUAUGAGAUAAGGAUACAAGCAUGUCAAAAUGGAAGUUGUGGAGUUAGCAGUAAAAUGUUUGUGAAAACAUCUGAAGCAGCCCCAUUGGAUCUUAAUUCCCCUGUUCUUAAGGCGUUGGGGUCAGCUUGCAUAGAGGUUAAAUGGAUGCCACCUAAAAAACCGAAUGGAGUCAUCAUCAACUACUUUAUUCACAGACGUCCUGCUGGCACUGAAGAGGAGUCUUUGUUGUUCAUCUGGUCAGAAGGAGCCCUUGGAUUUACUGAUAUUUCAGACACUCUAAGGCCUUUCACGUUCUACGAAUAUCGAGUCAGAGCCCGUAACUCCAGAGGCUCAGUAGAAAGCCUGUGGUCGUCAGCACGGACUCUGGAAGCCCCACCUCAAGAUUUUCCAGCUCCUUGGGCUCAAGCCACCAGUGCUCAUUCGGUUCUGCUGAACUGGACAAAGCCAGAAUCUCCCAAUGGCAUUAUCUCCCAGUACCGCGUUGUCUACCGGGAGAGACCAGAUGACCCGACAUUCAACAGCUCUACUAUACAUGCUUUCACAGUGACGGGAACAAGCCAUCAGGCCCACCUGUUUGGGCUGGAACCAUUCACGAAAUAUCACAUUGGUGUCGUGGCCGCAAACCAGGCAGGAGAAGUUUCAAGUCCCUGGGCUCUGGUUCAAACCUUAGAAUCUUCCCCAAGUCAACUGAGCAACUUUACAGUGGAACAGAAGGAGAAUGGCCGUGCAUUGCUACUCCAGUGGUCAGAGCCUGCCAGACCCAAUGGUGUGAUUAAGACAUACACCAUCUUCAGCGACGGCACCCUGGAGUACACUGGCUUGAAUCGUCAGUUUCUUUUCCGCCGCCUGGAGCCUUUCACUCUCUACACCCUCACCCUGGAGGCCUGCACCGGGGCGGGCUGUGCACACACAGCACCCCAGCCCCUGUGGACAGAUGAAGCCCCUCCGGACUCGCAGUUGCCUCCCACAAUCCAGUCCGUGGAGGCCACCAGCGUUGAGCUGAGCUGGUCGGAGCCUGUUAACCCAAAUGGAAAAAUAAUUCGCUAUGAAGUGAUUCGCAGAUGCUUCGAGGGCAAAGCUUGGGGGAAUCAGACAAUCCAGGCCGAUGAGAAAAUUGUUUUCACAGAAUAUAAUACUGAAAGGGACACAUUUCUGUAUAACGACACGGGUUUGCAACCAUGGACGCAGUGUGAAUAUAAAAUCUAUACUUGGAAUUCAGCAGGGCAUACCUGUAGCUCUUGGAAUGUAGUAAGGACGUUGCAAGCACCUCCAGAAGGUCUCUCUCCACCUGAGAUAUCCUAUGUAUCUAUGAAUCCCCCAAAACUGCUGAUUUCCUGGAUCCCACCAGAACAAUCUAAUGGCAUUAUCCAGUCUUAUAGGCUUCAAAGGAAUGGAAUGCUCUAUCCUUUCGGCUUUGAUGCUGUGACUUUCAAUUAUACUGAUGAAGAGCUGCUUCCUUUUUCCACCUAUAGCUAUGCAGUCCUAGCCUGCACCAGUGGAGGCUGCUCCACCAGCAAACCCACCAGCAUCACAACUCUGGAAGCUGCUCCAACAGGAGUCAGCCCUCCAGAUCUCUGGGCCAUCAGUGCCACUCAAAUAAAUGUAUCUUGGUCACCAGCAUCAAGUCAGAAUGGGAAGAUCACUAAAUAUUUGCUUAGAUAUGAUGGUAAGGAGUUUUUUGCUGGACAGGGCCUAACCCUGUUGGCUUCCCACCUGCAGCCCUAUACACAGUAUAAUUUCUCCCUUGUAGCCUGCACAAAUGGAGGUUGCACAGCUAGUAAGUCAAAAUCCGCUUGGACAAUGGAGGCCCCACCAGAGAACAUGGACUCCCCAACGUUGCAAGUCACAGGCUCAGAAUCAAUAGAAAUCACCUGGAAACCUCCAAGAAACCCAAAUGGCCAGAUCAGAAGUUAUGAACUUAGGAGAGAUGGAACCAUUGUAUAUACAGGCCUGGAAACUCGCUAUCAUGAUUUUACCCUCACCCCAGGAGUAGAGUAUGGCUACACAGUGAUGGCCAACAACAGCCAAGGGGGUAUUUUGAGUCCGCUCGUCAAAGAGCGAACCAGCCCCUCAGCACCCUCAGGGAUGGAACCUCCAAAAUUGCAGGCCAAGGGCCCUCAGGAGAUCUUAGUGAAUUGGGACCCUCCAGUGAGGACAAAUGAUGAUAUCAUCAACUAUACCCUCUUCAUCCGUGAGCUGUUUGAAAGAGAAACAAAAAUCAUACACAUAAACACAACUCAUGAUUCUUUUGAUACACAGUCAUUCAUAGUAAACCAGCUGAAGCCAUUUCACAGGUAUGAAAUACGAAUUCAAGCCUGCACCCCCCUGGGGUGUGCUUCAAGUGAAUGGGCGUCCGCACAGACUUCCGAGAUGGCGCCUCUGAUGCAGCCUCCUCCACAUCUAGAGGUACGGAUGGCUCCAGGAGGAUUCCGGCCCACUGUUUCCCUUUGGUGGACAGGACCAGUUCAGCCAAAUGGAAGAGUUUUAUACUACGAAUUAUAUAGAAGACAAAUAGCACCUCGACCUGGACAAUCCAAUCCAGUGCUAACCUAUAAUGGAAGCUCAAGCUCCUUUACAGAUUCUGAACUAUGGCCUUUCACAGAGUAUGAGUAUCAGGUCUGGGCAGUGAAUUCUGCAGGAAAAGCCCCCAGUCGCUGGGCGUGGUGUAGAACGGGGCCAGCCCCCCCAGAAGGUCUCAGAGCCCCCAGGUUCCAUGCGGUCUCUUCCACCCAAGCAGUUGUCAACAUCAGCGCCCCCGAGACGCCCAAUGGAAUCGUCAGUCUCUACAGGUUGUUCUCCAGCAACACCAGCGGGGCCCAGACCGUGCUGUCCGAAGGCAUGGCCAGCCAGCAGACUCUUCAUGGCCUACAACCCUUCACGACCUACUCCAUUGGGGUAGAGGCCUGCACCUGCUUCAACUGUUGCAGCAAGGGGCCAACGGCUGAGCUGAGAACUCAUCCGGCUCCACCCUCAGGACUGUCCUCACCGCAAAUCCAAGCACUGUCCUCAAGGACAGCCUCCUUCCAGUGGAGUCCCCCUCUGUUCCCCAAUGGUAUCAUUCAAAGCUACGAGCUCCAACUCCAUGUGGCUUGCUCUCCUGAGUCCGCCCUGCCCUGUACUCCCAGCGAAACAGAGACAAAGUACACGGGGCCAGGGCAGACAGCCAGCCUUGGGGGUCUCCAGCCUUUCACCACCUACAAGCUGAGAGUGGUGGCGCACAACGAGGUGGGCAGCACAGCUUCUGGAUGGAUCAGCUUCACCACCCAAAGAGAAUUGCCUCAGUACCGAGCCCCGUUUUCAGUGGACAGCAAUUUGUCUACGGUGUGUGUGAACUGGACGGGCUCCUUCCUCCUGAACGGCCCGCUGAAGGAGUACGUGUUAACCGAUGGAGGACAACGCGUGUACAGUGGCUUCGACACCAUCCUCUACAUACCGAGGACGGCGGACAAAACCUUUUUUUUCCAGGUCACCUGCACUACAGAUGAAGGAAGUGUUAAGACACCAUUGAUCCAAUAUGAUACCUCUGCUGGAUUUGGCUUGGUGCUAACAACUCCUGGAGAAAAGAAGGGAUCGGGGAGCAAAAGCCCAGAGUUCUACAACGAGCUGUGGUUUAUAGUUUUAAUGGCGAUGCUGGGCUUGGUCUUGUUGGCCAUUUUUCUGUCCCUGAUACUACAAAGGAAAAUCCACAAAGAACCAUUUAUCAGAGAGAGACCUCCCUUGGUGCCUCUUCAGAAGAGGAUGUCUCCACUGAGUGUCUACCCACCCGGGGAAAACCAUACGGGAUUAGCCGAUACCAAGAUUCCCCGGUCUGGGACACCUGGGAGUAUUCGGAGCAAUCGGAGUGUGUCUGUGCUGCGAAUCCCAAGUCAAAGCCAAAUUAGCCAAACCUACUCCCAAGGCUCUCUCCACCGCAGUGUCAGUCAGCUCAUGGACAUUCAAGACAAGAAAGUCUUGACUGACGACUCACUCUGGGAAACCAUCAUGGGCCACAAUAGCGGACUGGUGCCCGCCAGAGUGCCAUUGGGCCAGUUAGAUCAUGAGCAGAUAGCCAGCUAA